GCCUGAGGUCUAACACAAACGUCUUCUAUGACGACAUGCCAACAACACGGUGGCAGAUUUUAAGUACUGUGUAGAAAAGGGAAUAUAACAAUUUCCAGCAACAAGAUCAUGCUAGAAAGCAGUCAUCAUUUCAUCCACCUAAUAUUAUUAUAGAUACUAGAAGAAGAUUCACCUAGUCAAUUUCUUCUUUAGACAUUCCAUCUAACGUAUUGUCUCUAUCAAAGUAAAGUAAAUAAUUAAAUCUAACGCGCAUCGCGGUCGUCAAAAUGACGCCUCAACUCGUUUUCCAGCUGAGCGGCUCUUGCAAUAACUACCCCUGGGGCAAGAAGGGAAAACAGUCUCUGGCAGCACAGAUGUGUGCGCAGACCCCCGGAACUGAUUUCCAUAUCAAAGAUGACGAGUUUUAUUCGGAAAUGUGGUUUGGAGAUUACCCAGAUUUCCCUGCUCGUAAGCUGGAUACCGGCGAACCGUUGGCCGAAGUGCUCCAGCAGAAUAAAGAGCAGCUUCUAGGGAAGAAGGUCAUCGAAAAAUUUGGCGGACAGCUACCUUAUUUGCCCAAGAUCCUAUCAAUAGCAAAGGCCCUUCCGUUGCAGAUCCAUCCCAACAAAGAACUUGCCAAAAAGCUUCACGAGAAGGAUCCGAACAACUUCACCGAUCCAAAUCACAAACCUGAGAUUGCAGUAGCGCUGUCUAAGUUCGAGGUAUUCGCCGGAUUCAAGCCGCUUGACCAAAUAACGCCCCUUUUUCAAUUACAGCCACUUCGGCAGUUCAAUCCAGAGAAUCCAGGAAAAUGGACAGAUGAGACACUACGAACCGUAACCAGGAAUCUACUCAAGUCCGACCUUAAGACAGUUAAGAUAGUUCAGACAGAGCUCGCAAAGACCCCGAGAGAUCAGCUAGGCGAUGCAGCCUAUAUUCUAGACCUACUUCCUCGUCUUCAAGACCAGUACGGCCCAGAAGAUGCAGGCAGUUUAGUUGCACUUCUGUGCAUGAACUUUAUGGUCUUCAAUCCCGGCGACGCGAUAUGGAUUCCUGCGGAUGGGAUCCACGCAUAUCUAGCUGGUGAUAUCGUCGAGUGUAUGGCUCGGAGCAACAACGUGCUCAACGUCGGCUUCUGUCCACCCGGAGACCGCAAUAAUGCCGACCUGUUCGCGGAUACUCUGACCUUCAAGGCUCAUAGUAGGGAUGACGUAUACCUCCCUAGCCAGAAGUCAGACAAAAGCAAGAAGGGUAAAACGGUAGUAUACAGGCCGCCGAUGAGCGAAUUCGACAUGCUCAAGACAGACCUAGGCGCCGGCGAGAGUGAGGAGCUUACCGGGAGCGAUGGGCCCGGCGUUAUGAUCGUGACUUCUGGGAAUGGGGUAAUGCAUGCCGACGGUACAGAUCAUCAUCUUAAGGAAGGAUUUAUCUUCUUCGUUGCUCCAGGCGUCCCGAUCAAAUUAGAGAGCCAACAUGGGAUACAGAUACACAUGGCUGUCGUGUGAAUCAUAACACAGUUAUUGGGCGUAGCAGAAAUCCAAAGUCUUGUUUAAUGACCGGUAUGAUAAUCCAAAGAAAUUCACGUCAACUUCUAAUGUCGCCAAGUACUACAUGUGUUUACAUUUACAUGCACAUCUUGCUUGAGGUACUUAUGUAGACUACCUGUCAUAAUUAUCUCCUUGGGUAUAACGAAUUAUUGG